UGAGCUUUUCUUUUGGACAAAGCUACCAACUUUCUUAAUUCUUAACUCAUUAUUAUUUGUUUUAACAAAAACCCUUUUCACAUUAUCACGUACCCUAUUCACAUUAUCACGUAUCCUCCAUUUUUGCUAUUUAAUAUAUAUUCUAUAUCUCUCUCUGUAUAUCAUAUAUGUAUUCGAAUUUAUUGGUUGGUGAGCUAAAUUCCAGCUGCCUUUCCUUGUAUUGACCUCGUCCCUUGGAUCAUGGAGAGCUCAUUCUUACCCUUGGAUACUAUGAAAUCACCUUUGUGGGAUUCUGUGUUUUUAUUUAGGACUCCCAAAAAAAUUAAGGUUUUGAAAGUUUAGCAAACUCAAUCUACUACACCCACGUAUGACAGCCAAGUUUAGCUACUGAUUAGCUGAAGGCUCUUGAAAGAUUUGUACAAGGGUUUGAGAAGUGCAAUGAAGUGUUUUUAUUUCCAUAACAAGAAUAAGAAAGAGUUGGAGCCAAAGAGUUCAAAAUCCAUUUCUAUUGGCUCUCUUUCUACUUCUUUGUCAACCGAUCCUGACAUGAGAAGAUCCGGUUCUGAAAGUCAUUCUCAGAAUGUUUCAGAGUUUAGCACACAAUCUUCAUCAGCCAAGGCAUUUGCAGUUUUGUCUCAGAAACAAAGUAAUCUCAAAGAAUUCACAUUCGCGGAGUUGAAAACCGCAACUAAGAAUUUCAGCCGCUCUCUCAUGAUUGGAGAGGGUGGAUUUGGUGGUGUUUAUAAGGGCAUCACAAGGAGCACAGUUGAUUCAAGCAAAAAAAUUGAAGUUGCUGUUAAGCAACUAAGUAAAAGGGGAUUACAGGGUCACAAAGAAUGGGUGACAGAAGUAAAUGUUUUAGGUAUUGUGGAACAUCCUAAUCUUGUCAAAUUGUUGGGAUACUGUGCUGAGGAUGAUGAAAGAGGGAUUCAGAGAUUGCUGAUUUAUGAGUACAUGCCUAAUAGAAGUGUUCAAGACCAUUUGUCAAGCCGGUCUCAAGCGCCACUUCCUUGGGCAACGAGAAUGAAAAUAGCCCAGGAUGCUGCCCGCGGCUUAGCUUACCUUCAUGAAGGAAUGGAAUUUCAGAUCAUCUUUAGGGAUUUCAAGUCUUCAAACAUACUUCUAGAUCAAGAAUGGAAUGCAAAGUUGUCGGAUUUUGGAUUGGCCAGGCUGGGGCCUUCAGAUGGAUUGAGUCAUGUCUCUACUGCAGUUGUUGGAACCAUUGGCUAUGCAGCUCCCGAGUACAUUCAAACUGGGCGUCUCACGUCAAAGAGCGAUGUUUGGAGCUAUGGAGUAUUCCUAUAUGAACUCAUUACUGGGAGGCGGCCUUUGGAUCGAAACAAGCCUAGAAAUGAGCAAAAGCUCUUAGAAUGGAUCAGGCCACAUCUCUCCGACUCAAAAAAAUUCGAGCUGAUUUUGGACCCAAGGCUUGAAAGGAAGUAUUCACUCAAGGCUGCCAAAAGGCUAGCAUCUGUAGCUAACCGUUGCCUGGUUCGACAGCCUAAAUCGCGUCCUAAAAUGAGUGAAGUAUUGGAUAUUUUAAACAGAAUUAUGCAGACAACAGAUAUGGGAAGCCCACCACAAACUCCUCUCAAAAGCUUGCCUUUGGAUGAUGAAACAAGAAAAUCCAAAAGAGAGAUGUUGAAAAAGCAUGUGGUAGAUCCAAUAUUUGGAGAAAGAGGUUGUUUAAUGUGGCAAGCAUGGAGGCCUAAGAUUGUAAAAACAUGAUCAUGUUGAUUGAAUAUGGUCUGUCACAAAAUUGACCCUAAUUCCUUCAUUUUUUUUUUGGGUGUACCAAAAGCUGGUUUCUUAGUUUGUUGAUUGUGUACAUUACACUUUUCUCUUUACAAAAAUUCAAUUAAUACAGACCAAGUGGGUAUACAUUUUUGUGGUUUUACUGACUA